AUGUCUGACAAUUAUUACUUUAAUAUGCGUCACAAUAUCCAAAGUGUUGAAAUAGAUUUGACUGAGGAACAAAAAGCAAUAAUCCUUCAAAGAGCUCUUGGGGAUAUUCAAUCUCGCCUUCAAGUAACUGGCCAUAGUCUUUCUGAAUAUCCAUCAAUGCCACAAGACUACGUAACAGAAUUGGAAGAGCUCUCAGCAGAGCAAUCUUUGGAAAUGGCUGAGAGAAGAAGCUAUAGUGCAGAAGAAGAGCAAAGAAGUCUUGGCGAGUACGAAAGAUUGUUGAAUGCAGAGCAGCAAACAGCUUAUAGUGCAAUAAUUGCAUCUAUAAGCAUGCAAGACACCGAAAAAGCAACCAGACUCUUCUUUGUUGAUUGCACCGGUGGUACAGGGAAGUCUUUACUUUUUAAAGCACUCUUAAGCUAUGUAAGAUCUCAGAGUGAAAUUGCUCUACCUGUUGCUACGUCUGGAAUUGCCGCAAUCCUCUUGCCAGUCCUUCACUUGACUCAAAACACAAGACUUUUUCAGAGUGGGCCACUUGCAUCUGAAUUUGCGGAAAAGCUUCUGGCCAUUGUUAAUGGAGAAGGUGAACAUGAGCACAUCAUGUAUAUUCCUGUUCAGUGGCAUGUUGACUCUGAGUAUUUUGAAACAUUGAUCAACAAGGUGUAUCCACACAUAUCUUCUGUCGAGCAACAGCCUUGCUAA